AUGGCUGAUCCAACUGGCACAGCUGGCACCGCUCUCGGGGCGACCAGCCUUUUCCUCCAGAUCUUCCAAGGCUGCGUCGAUGGUUUUUCGGUCUGGCAAAAAGGCGAAACGCUAGCCUCCGAUGCGCUUAUCUUCAAAGCUCGUCUCGAGAUGCAAGCCGCACGGUUCAAGGCCUGGGGUCUAGACUGGGGAUUUGACAGAGGACCCGAUUCAGCUUGUUGGAGAGAUAAUCGCUUCGUCGAGAAUGGAGAUCUCGCUGUCAAGUACGUUGUUAUCAUUUACGGCUUCUUGGACUCGCUUGGUGAACUGUCGCAAGAGUUUCCGGCGUUGGCGUCUGCGGAGAAUGUCCCUGUUUCAGCGGCGACUUCGCUUGGGGCUAUGCUCCGAAUGGCGUUCAAGGACUCUCAGGAGAGGGAAGAGUGGGCGAAGAAGCUUGAAGCGAUGCGCGAUGAGGCUAAAGUGUCGGAGAAACUGCGAUGGGCUCUCAAAGAAGGGGAGAUCACCAAGACACUCGAGCUUCUGGAGUCGAUGAUUGAUGAUCUCUGCAAAUUCUUCAAACCGCCUGACAACGACCCUGUCGCUCUGCAAGUUGCUAAUUCUCUACUCUCAUCGAUCAAUAUCUCUAAGCUCAACGCUGUCGCUGCGGGCGCACCAGAUGACUCGAUGCUUCAGAGUCUAGCUCUUCUCAAGGUCAUGGUGCUCCAGCUUCAACUCGGUGCUCGCAAUGCAGAGAAAGUCGAUGAGAAGGAUAGAUCCCUACGUGAAACGGAACCGCUCGAUGAGCGAACGAGGCGAUCUACUGGGGUGUUCCAGAAGGGAACGACCUCCACGGAUGUCUUGGUGGAGUGGAAACUGAUCGAUGGCUCUCAUGUUCCUCCUGGACAUACUGCAGCAACGUUCCGCGCGAUGGCUGGGAAUCGCAUCAAGAAUCUAGCACGUCUUCUGAAAUGGAGUGCUAGGCUUGAAGAUCUCAGAACAUUGGACUGUAUUGGAGUCAUCACCCGCGAUGGGCCGUCCGAUGAUGAAGUCAGAUACGGCACCAUGUUCAGUAUGCCAACAAAAAAGUACACAACGCUGAAGACUAUUCUUGAGGGGCCCCAGGACAACAUCUAUUUUGAUGACUGGUUCAAGAUCGCGAAGAGCGUGACACGAGCGGUGCUUUGUUUGCACCUGGCAGGCUGGCUACAUAAAGGACUUCGCAGCGAGAACAUUCUGUACUUCCAAGAUGACACAGGUAAUGUCUCUUAUGAAGAGCCUUACCUAGCUGGCUUCGAGUAUAGUCGAGAGAUAUCAGCGCCAGGACAAACAGAGGGCGUGACGGAUGAUCUGGAAGCGAAUCUGUACCGACAUGAAGAAGUUCAAGGUGUACCUGAAGAGCCUUCGGAUGAUGAUCAAGGGAAACCAGCCAAAGCUUCUUUUGCAAUGAAGCAUGAUAUCUACAGCAUUGGUAUUCUUCUGCUCGAGCUCGGACUUCAAAAGCCAGCCAUUCAGCUAUAUGAAGAAGCCAUUCAGACCGAGGAGUACGAGCAUUCCGCCGCUGCGUUUCGGGAAUGGAUACUGAGCAAGGCACUCCCGAAGCUUGGGCGAUCAAGAGGAAAAGAGUACAUGAGAGCAACAGAGCUAUGUGUGAAGUCGGAGUUUGAGGGGACUUCCGCGAACGAGCUGCAACAGGCAUUCUACAAGAGCGUUGUGAGACCUAUAAGUGGCUCUUGGGGGAAAUAG